UCAAAUGGCGUAAAAAGCACGAUGCUAGUGAGGGCACCAGCAGCAGCCCAGCGGUGUGGCACGGCUCGGCUGCAUGCGGUCUCUGGGCCCCACGUGGUAAAUACUUUUUGUUUUUCCUGAAAUUUUAACGAAAAGGUUAAAUAUAAUACCGACUACUGAACUUCCCACUCUCACUCAUUUCAUUCCAUUCCAUUUUGCACUCACCACCUACACAAAGUACGGAAAAAAAAAAUCAAGGGUCACUCACACUUAUCCCAAUACCAAAAACUUUACGGAGAAGAUUCUGGCUAGGGUUCCCAAACUAAAAGAAUUCUAGAGAGGUUCAAAGUUGAAGCAGAGAGUGAGAGGCGAAAGAAGUUUUUUUGGUUAAAACGGAUUUGAUUACUGUGAGUGAGUGAGAGGUUGAAGUAUGGGUCGUCAUAUAAGUAAGAAACCAAAGGUUAAUGGAAAGAAGACGAAGAAGAAGAAGCAUGAAAGAAAGUGGAUUUCUGUUGGCAACAAGAGGAAAAUGGUUCAGAUUAUUAAUGGCGAAGAAGUGGAGUCUCGUAUGUGUCAUCAGUGUCAAACAAAUGAUAGAAAAGGGGAGGUUAUUCGAUGCAAAAACUGUAUAACGAAACGACUUUGUACCCCAUGCAUAAGCAAAUGGUAUCCUGGGAUAUCAUUGGAGUCAAUUGCAGAGGCUUGCCCAGUUUGUCAUGGAACUUGCAAUUGUAAAUCGUGCUUGCGUUCUUCGUCCAUCAAAUCAAAGGUUUUGCAGAAGUCGGAAAUGGAGCUAGAUCCAGAAAAAAAGGUUGAAUACAAUACUUAUCUGUUACGAUAUCUUCUUCCAAUACUGAAACAGUUUGACCAAGAACAACUGAAGGAAAAGGAGACAGGGGCUAGGAUUCAAAGAUUAUCUCAUCAAGAGGUAUCUAUGAAAGAGGUUAUAUGUGGUCCUAAUGAGCGUGUCUAUUGUGACAACUGCCAAACUUUAAUUGUUGACUUGCACAGAAGUUGUUCAAACUGUUCGUAUGAUCUUUGCCUUUCCUGUUGCCGGGAGAUUCGUGAUGGUGUGCUACCUGGGGGUGCAGAAGAAAUAACUGAGGAGUAUAUAGACAAAGGUACACCAUAUACACAUGCUAAAGAGUUGAAACCUUCUAAAAGUCUUGCAAAGUCUUCUAUGCGGGCUAAGAAAGCUAAGCCUUCGAAAGGUCAAGCAAGGUUGUUGAAACGAGCUACAAAUGAGUGGAAAAUUGUGGAUACUGGCAGCAUCAGUUGUGCAUCUUGCCGUUCUGGUAUUCUAGAGCUGAAGUACAUUCUUCCGGAUAAUUGGGUGUCGGAGUUAGUAAAUAGAGCAGAACAAAUUUCAAAACAGAGCAUAAUUUUUGAUGAUCCUGCCACUCGUACACAACAGAGAUCCUGUUUUAACUCUGUUACCGAUGUGGGCAUUGACAGCAGUAAGCUAAGGAGAUCUGUUUCUCAAAAAGGUAAAAACAGCAACUGCUUGUACUGUCCGGAAGCUAAAGAAAUCCAACAUGGGGACAUGGAGAACUUCCAGAAGCAUUGGGUCAAAGGAGAGCCCGUGAUUGUUCGUAAUGUGCAAGAGCUAACAUCUGGCUUGAGCUGGGAGCCAAAUGUUAUGUGCCGGGCACUGCGUGAGAAAACAACUUCCAGGUUGAUGAAAGGUUCCGAACACUUAGUUGCCAAAGCUGUUGAUUGUAUGGAUUUGUGCAAGUCAGUACCAUAUUCAGUGGGAACAUCCUCCUCUAUACUGACAAAGAUUCUAUAUUGUUCUACUUCAUUAAUAAUGCUGUCCUUCUUCCUUUCCCGUGUCACUGAAUUGUAUUUUACAUACCUAGUCUUCCAGUAUAUGGGGAUUCAGGAUUGUCUAACUAAUUAUGUCUUAGGAAUGAUGCUAUUGUUGGGUCUCUUUAUGACGCAGGUUGAGGUGAAAAUAACUGAAUUUUUCAAAGGCUAUUCAGAAGGUCAUAUGCACCCUAAUGUGUGGCCUAAGAUGCUCAAACUGAAGAACUGUCCGCCGUCUAAUUUAUUCGAGGAGCUGUUGCCACGCCAUUAUGCUGACUUUAUUGUUUCCUUACCAUACCGGGAAUACACUAAUCCCAGGUUUGGAUGUCUCAAUCUUGCUGCUGAUAAGCCUUACUUGGGGCCAAAAACGUAUAUUGCUUAUGGGCAUGCAGAAGAACUUGGUCGAGGUGAUUCUGUAACGAAACUUCAUUACGACAUGUCGGACGUGGUGAAUGUAUUGUUUCAUAUUCAAGAGGUGCCUCUUUAUGAAACGCAGCUUGAAAAUAUAAACUUAUUAAAAAAGAGGCACAUGGCUCAAGAUAAAAAAGAAAAUGAACAGUACCAUAAUGUUGAUUGCAAUGGCUUAACUACUGAAACAUGCAUUCACGAACCAGUUGAAUCACUUGUGGCGUCUACAGGUGAAGAGGAAAAUAAAAGCAUGGAAAUGAGAAAUGAGUUUAUGGGUGGUAGAAAGAGGAAGAGGGGUGAUGGUUAUCAUAGAGGGUCUACACAAAGGAAAAGUGAUAAUGACGUAGGAAGGAAGUCAGGGAAACAUGCUACUGCGAAUAAUCAAAAAGAAUCUCAGUAUAUGGGAAAAGCUGGGAAGGAUGAAGAAUUUGAUGAUAGUCCUAAGAAAAAAGAGCGCAAUGUUGCUUCAUCUGAUGAUUCCACAAUGAAUAGUGCUGGUGGUGCUCUCUGGGAUAUCUUCCGCAGAGAAGAUGUUUCAAAGCUACAGGAAUACCUUAGAAAGCACCAUAGAGAAUUCAGGCACCUCUCCUGUUCUCGAGUGGAGCAGGUUACGCACCCAAUACACGAUCAGUCAUUCUAUCUGACUUCAGAGCAUAAAAGAAAGCUCAAGGAGGAAUAUGGGGUUGAACCUUGGAGUUUUGUCCGAGAACUUGGAGAUGCAGUAUUUGUGCCAGCUGGAUGUCCGCAUCAAGUCAGAAACCUUAAGUCAUGUUUAAAGGUUGCAAUAGACUUUGUUUCGCCAGAAAGCAUUCGAGAAUGCAUGCGAUUGGCUGAGGAGUUACGUUUUCUACCGCGGAAGCAUAUAGCAAAGGAAGACAAGCUAGAGGUUAAGAAAAUGAUCCUCUCCGCUGGUGACAGAGCAUUGAAUCAUCUGGGAUGUCAUUUCAAGGUUCCAAACGGCAAACACUCCAGCAAUUGUGCUGGGAAGCUUUCUCCCAAGCAACCAAGAAAAGGCAAAGCAAGUGUUAAUCCAAAGGCAGAACCUAGCAAAGAAGAUGUGCAUGCUGCAAUGGUUGAAUUACUGAAAGAAGUGGAUUUCGAGACUACAACUUUCAAUGAUAUUUGUCAACAGCUGGGAAACCAUUUUGGUGUAGAUCUAAUGUGUAAAAAGGAUGGAGGUGACGGGCAUCAUCCAAGAUGUGUUGAUCGAUAUUAUGGAAAACGAAGAGGACGUGGAAGCUGAAAAUGAGAAUGCUGCAGAGAGUUCUUAGGAUGAGACAGUCAAAGAUAAUGGUGAUUCUUAGCUCUUCUUCCUUUGUGACCAAGGGGUAUUCCUUUCUUUUGGAUGUUAGAUGAAAAGGCUACUUUUCUCCUCGAGUUUUGUUUUAAAUGCAGUAACUCUUAGCCCUUUAUGUAGCACAGUAUAAUGUCUUGUUUGUUUACUAGAAUUGCAUUUGGUUUUGGGGAGAAAAUAAUCCGAUGCAAAUGAGAAAA